AUUAUAAAUAAAUAAAAAAAACACACCUGAGGCGCUGUAAUGAGAGGAAGAAUCCAGAAACAAAUAUCGAAUCGAUAAUUAGGUAUGGGUUGGGUGUGGAGAGACGACGAUUCAUCCUCUUCUAACGCCGGUGGUAACGAUGUCUCCAAUCAUCAAUCACCCGGAGAUCCCGCCGCCGACGUUAAUUGCUCCACCUCCACGGUGGUUAGAUCCAAGUGCAAGACGGAGGAGGUCGAGCCUGGAAAAUUCGUCAGGAAGUGCGACAAAACCGAGGAGAUCCUCCGCCACUGCUUCGGAAAGCCCUCUGAAGUUGUUCAGUCCACCACAGAGCACACAGAAGAAGAUCUCACAGACCAGAUGGUACGUGGAUCUUCUCUCCCAAACCAGUUCGAGGAGAAUCCCCUAAACUUUCCAGGACUCCGCAGCGAUCUAGACGACAUCGAACGGCACUUCUUUACCGGAAUUAAAGGUUUCUUCGAGGCAGCGGAAGAGAUGAGAAGCAGCUUGUUUGAUAUCAUGGGAGACCGAGACCAUCACUCAACCACCGAGAGAGGGAUACCCAUCGAAGACCAUCCGAAGAUAGAGGAGCAUCGCAGCAACGAAGAAAACGUCACGGCCACGAGACAGCCAUUCUCCUCGGGAGAUAUUGAUCUCUUGGGCUUGGCCAAGGACGUUUGAGAAAUAGUCUCUCCUUCAUCAUCUCCUUGUUCUUUCUUUGCCAUAUAAAAAAAUUAUUAAUUAUGUAAUGUGACUUUAGUAGAGAAACGUCUAAUGUUAGCGGCAUCCACGUUUUUUGCUUAGUGCUCAUCUCUAAUUCUAUAUCAUUAAUACUAUGUUUUAAUAUGUUCGUCUAUUUUAGUA